UCGCUGAAGCAGAUGAUAUGCGGUUGCCUUUACACUGGAUCCGAGGCCCACCAUUCAUGCGAUGUGAACCGACCCCAGAAUGCAAAAUAUUUAAGCGACCACCAAUUUCGGGUAGAAACGGAAGAAGACGUUGAAAGGGAGUUAGACGAUUUCUUCCGACGAAAUUCGCUCUCUAUCCAUAUGCUCACAUACGCCGAUCGGAGAACCCUAAUUGCCCAUCCGGUUUUGGCCAAUGCGGUGUAGAGGAGAUCACCGUCAUCGAUGAGACCGUCGGUGAGAAGAUCGACGAUCUCCAUCUUCUUCAUCGCGCUUCUCUGCGUCUGCGCAGCCGCUCCAAUCGUCCUUAUAUCAUUCUUCUGGCAGUUUUCUCUCUCUUUGGAGCAAAAGGAAUUUAUUGGCGGGAGUUCGGGCAUUGUCAAGAAUCUCUCCCACUGGCAAUCGGUUGAUUAUCUCAAUUCGAUAGAGCAGGAAAUUAGUGAUGAGAUUAAAGAACCGGAUGGAUUUCUUUAUCAAGAUGGGGGUGCCAGUGUAGAUAAACUUGAGAGGAAUUCUUCUUCUGAUAUUCCUACUGACUCAGGUUCUACAAAUGUAGUAUUUACCAGCCCAUCAAGACGGAGUGGUGGUGGUGCGGGAGCUCAGGAACACCAUCCAACUUCUUCUAAUGGUGUGAUGAAGCGUGGUGGAAAUGCAAGGCCCUUGAUGGACGAAAAGAUCCGGUAUAUGGAGGAUCAGAUAAUCACAGCCAGGGCAUUGCAUUUUGUACAACCAAGCAGCAAUUCUCACCUUGUAAGGGAGCUGAAGCUGAGGAUAAAAGAAAUAGAAAGUGUGAUUAGCCAUGCCAGUAAAGAUUCUGAUUUGCACGGGAGUGCCUUGCAGAAAAUGAAAGCAAUGGAAAAUACUCUGUCUAAAGCUAACAAGGCUUAUCCAGAUUGCUCUGCAAUGGCAUCAAAAUUGCGUGCCAUGUCAUAUAGCACUGAAGAACAACUAAGAGCACAGAUGAAUCAAGUUUCUUAUCUUAUUCAGCUUGCUUCACGUACAUUCUCUAAAGGUUUUCAUUGCCUGACAAUGAAACUAACUACAGAGUACUUUGCUUUGCCUCCUGAGAAGCGCCAGCUGCCAUACAGCCAUAAGUUUCAGAAACCAGAUUUUUAUCAUUAUGCUAUUUUUUCAGAUAACAUAUUAGCAUGUGCAGUGGUCGUGAACUCAACCAUUGUGAAUUCCAUGGAGCUGGAGAAAAUAGUCUUUCAUGUGGUCACUGAUUCUCUUAAUUUCCCAGCAAUGACGAUGUGGUUUCUGAUGAACCCUCCUAGUAAAGCUACAAUUCAAGUAUUGAACAUGAAUGAGUUUGAAUGGCUUUCUUCUAAUUAUGGCUUAACGUUUAAGCAGCAUGGGGUGUCAGAUCCAAGAUACACAUCACCCCUCAACCACCUCCGUUUCCGUUUGCCCAAGUUUUUUCCAUCACUAAACAAGAUUUUAGUUUUGGACCACGAUGUCGUGGUGCAGAAGGACUUGCGGAGGUUGUGGAAUGUAGAUAUGGGGGAUAAAGUUAUUGGUGUUGUGGAGACAUGUACAAAUGAUCUCUCAUCUCCAUCACUGAAAAUGCUCAUUAACUUCAAUGACUCAACAAUAGCAAGAAGUUUCAACGCUAACGCUUGUGUAUGGGCUUUUGGUAUGAAUAUUUUUGACUUGAAAGCCUGGCGUAAAAAAAAUUUAACCAAGGUGCUCAAUAAGUGGCUUCAAGUGGGAAGGAGGAAGCAACUGUGGAAAGCAGGGAGCUUGCCAUUGGGCCAACUUGUAUUCUACAAUCACACUGUCGUGCUGGACCGGCGAUGGCACUUGCCGGGCCUUGGGGAGGACUCAACACUAAGCAAUUUGGAUAUCCAGAGGGCUGCAGUUAUCCAUUACAGCGGACUCAUGAAGCCAUGGCUUGAGAUUGGUAUCCCGAAGUACAGACGCCACUGGAAUAAGUUCCUCCAGUAUCAAAAUCCAUACCUGCAGCAAUGCAACAUUCACCCAUUUUGAAUGCUGGCGGUAAUUGCCUCUCCAGUUUUGCUCAUUCUUUUCGGCAGCUUACAUUGCUUGAAUUUGCUGCCCACUUCAAUUAAUUGUGCUCCUGUGUAUAUUACUCCAAUCUAUUUUUACUUCAAAUAUAGCCUAACAAAAUUCAUUUUACUUGAUUCCUGAUGGAAUAAGUUUCGGGGCUUAGUUUCAUUUUUAGUCCAGAAAGAUUAGUUUGAUCUUAGUUAGGCCAGUUUAUUACUUGUGGAGGAACUUGUAAGAAUAUGUGCAUUUUCUUUACUGAUAUGGUAGUUUUUUUUUUAUUGUAUGUUGCUUGCCUUAAUGUUAUGACUGUUAA